AGCUUAGUCAUGCUAUUAGGACGUACUAGAUCGGGCAAGAAGCGCUGAGAUAGAUGCCUAGAAAUUGAUGGAAUUUCUUUUAAUAGUGGCUUAUAAGUACCUGUAAAACCCUCUGUGAUUGCUCGCUACAUUUUGAUAUUUAUAGUGAAAUUUAGCGCCUGGAGCUUCCUUUCCAUCUUUUUCUUUUCUUUUUAUCGCUCCGCCUGAUUCAAAUGACGAGAAAAACAUGACAGUUUGCUCAUUCUGCGAAACGAUCAAUGUAUCGACCUUGCCCACUUUCGCUGGGUUUUCAAAGACUAUCUGGCCCAAAGACUUGCAUAAAGUAGAAGCACAAGAGCAUCAUUCAUCACUCGGGGCUCUCAGAGACUCGGCUCAGACAUGCCCAGGCUGUCUGUUGCUCCUGACUGGGCUAACAAGUCAGGAGCGCAAAGGCCCGAUUCCUCAAGGGCUUUCAAUAAAACACAUAGGAGCCAGUGAAUACGCGACUGAUUGGUGGGACGAGUCAGUAAAUGAUGAACCUGUCGCCCUACGAGGCUUGGGCCGCGAUGGGUUCACUGCGGAGAGGAAGCUGAUGUACGGUCUCUUGGCUCAGUGCGGGGCUGCUUUGCACAAGUUCAGCGUUUUCGCCAACGGAGAUUCAUUAGCUGCGCACUCUAGGAUGGUGGUUGGUAGGAAACCGGCUCCGGUGGGCUGUUCAAAGAGAAUUCUUGAAUGGGCCAGAACUUGCAAUGAGAAACAUGUCAAGUGUUCUGCGUAUCAACAAAUCAUCUCGAAUACGCGAACAUUUCCGACACGAGUACUUGAUGUUGACGUCGGUAGCUUGGAACAAGUACGAGUAGUUCCUGGUGCUGGUCUCGUAGGUAAGUACAUUGCCUUAAGCCACUGCUGGGGUAAGACACCGAUGGUAAGAACUACAAAGGAAACAUACUCGCAAUUCACAAAAGAAAUCCAUAUCAGUUGUCUUAACAAGACCUUUCAAGACGCUAUUAUGGUCACUCGGAAUUUAGACAUUCGAUAUAUAUGGAUUGACUCUCUUUGUAUUAUACAAGAUGACCUUUCGGAUUGGGAGAGAGAAGCUGCUAGCAUGGCCCAGGUUUAUUCCCAAGCCUAUCUGACUAUCGCGGCCUCAGCAGCCUCCGACGGAACACAAGGAUUGAUGCGCCAAAAACCAAAAGAAGCCUACUUCGAACUCCCCUAUGAUCCCCAAGAAAACCCAUUUAAUCAAGGAGUAUCGAUUGCGCCAUAUCUACUCAGAUUUCGGCGUCUUAUUGCCGCACCCUUGAAUACCAGGGCCUGGACCCUCCAAGAACGCGUCUUAUCUGCACGGACUCUUCAUUAUGCUCGUGACCAAGUGCAUUGGGAAUGCCGAGAAGCAAUCGCGAGCGAGGCUGGAGGACCACCAUUUGGUGAACUUCUUGACAGUUCAGGAGACGAAUCUUUUCAUUCGGGCUGGCUAGGACGGAUAUCGGAAGACUUAUUAUCAAAAAGCGAUACGGAGAAUUUGGAACUUGCUGUUCAGCAGCGCGAGUCUGGGCGAAGUGGAUUUGAGACCUGGUAUGGCUUAAUACAAACAUACACUCAACGUAAUUUGACCAACAUCACGGACAAGCUACCUGCACUGUCGGGUAUUGCUCGCGCCUACGCCCAACAUCAUGAUAGCGACUACAUGGCCGGUCUCUGGCUUAGAGACAUAGGUACUGGCUUACUGUGGUAUCGUAGGACAUCAGAGCCCCUUCAGCGCCCGACAACGUAUAUAGCCCCAUCAUGGUCAUGGGCAUCGGUCGAAGGCUCCAUGGAUUUCUUUAGCAUUAGCGCGGGGACUAUCUUCGAGAGAUCUAUUGAGAUAUACGACGUCGCUUACCGUAUAGAACCCGACGGUCUCAAUCCUUUUGGAAAAAUCAGAUAUGGGGAGUUAACAAUGUGGGCCGCGGUAAAACCAGCCAUUUUAAAGACCAUUUGGGAAGAUGGUGAACCCAUUGACGGGAAAUCAUCAACACAGAUGGUCUUUGAUGACAUUUCAGCAAUCGGGUCUGCCACGCUAGACUGUCCAACUCCAGAUAGUGAGGUAACUUGCCUCUUAGUGGCUACAGGUUACAAUUCUUUCGGCAUGCGUCUUCAGAACAAUUUAGUGCUUCGGUUAUCACCACAAAAGUCUAGUGGUGAGAACGGAGACAUAUUUAGAAGAAUAGGAAUGUCAGUGUUCCACGAAAAGCGGGAUUACGCGCCCGACAGAUCCCUGAACCCAACUAUGGCGUCUUCAAACUAUAGUGGGAAAAUGCCCGGGGAAGUUGACGAGGAUUUCUUGGAAAAUUGGUUUUACGAUGUUGAAAUGACGAAACUCACCCUCAUCUAGAUAAUACCGUUACUUACUGUACUUACUGUACCUACGGCCAAUAUUUUAUAAUCUAUUAUUCGGUGUUAAUGAACAAAUCCAUUGUCACUCCAGGAUUAGGGUUGUUGCUGGAAGCUCACUGUACAUUGGUCAAGCUAACCCAAAUAACAUGAAGCGAUGCGCUAUAAGUUCGAUCCUGGUUUUAUACACAAAGAAAUUACAGCACGCUACCCCCGCAAUACGUGGGGAGCCACAAGGCCCGAAGCGCUAUAAUCACUAUGACUUGUACAUCUAAGAACGUGUUACCGUUUUAGCAUUAAUACUCUAAGGAACCGUUUGAAAAAAAGUCGAUCGCCUUUUUGGAUUGCUAACUGUAUAUUAAGCACUUAUAACUAUUAUAACUAUGUAUGUAUGAAAAAAAGGUGUUAGAACUACCUACUUAGGUACGUGGGUAGGUAUUUGAUUCAUUGAGUAUCACCAAUUUUCAACAUUGAUACGUUGAUCAGG